UUCAAGCUGAAGUGGAUGGAAGGGGACCAGGGUUUCCGCUGCGCCUGGAGCCGCCAGCCGGGGCGAUGGCGUUAAGGACGGCGGCGUGGAGCAGCUGCGCUCCCGGGACCGCGUCUCCUCGCUGAGGACUCGCCGGCUUCGCCAAGGUCUGCGCGGAAAGGAACCAACUUGUGGCUCGGAAAUGUCCCCGAAGCAGCUGGAAAUGAGAUCAAAGCUGCAGUUUCCUUCAAGAAAGAGGAGAGGAGCCAGCGACUAGAGUUGUUUUUUUCUUUUUUAAGAACCUUCCUUCUUUCCAUUAUUUAUUUAUUUUUUUGUAUCUUCUUGAUUGUGGUCAUGUUCAUUUUUUAAUUUGCCUAACGCCCCUUCCGUUCCCAGUACUUCGUCAGCCCACCACCCUACCCACUCCACCCCCAUUCAACCACCUCCUUUUGGAAAUAAAAAGCCCAGUGUGAACUUCUCUCGACGCGGAGGCGACCCCCCCGCCCGGAUCGGCUGCCAGCUGAUGGAAGAGAAGUGGAGCCCCGGACUGGCUGGGGCCACCGGCCAGGGCCCGCGUCACGCGUCUCCCUCGUGAUCCCCGCGCCCAGCGCCGAGUUCUGCAACACCUGGAGGAUCUGGACCCGGCGCCUGGGGUGGGGGAGGGGAACGAGCCCUCUGAGCCUUCCAACCAGAAAAGAAAAAGAAAAGUAGCGAAGGGUUGAAGAGAGUGGGAAUCAAUCGGAAUGGGUUUCUUCUUGACAGCUGAUGGAGCCUUGAAAUUUUCCUCCACUAUCUCCACCCCCGCCCCCCGCACUCCAUUUAACGUGAGAUUAUGAAAUUGCAGAGGCGGUGGAGGGAAGGAGACAGGAUAUAACAGGGAGUUUAGAAGGAGAGAGGGGAAGGUGGCUGGCCCGGUGGCUGAAAUAAAAAAUCCAGUUGCGCACUAGGUUGUGAUGAGAAAUCUAAUCAGAUCUUUGGAAAAGGGGCCAGCGGGAAGGGUGGCGAGUGGGGGGAGUUGAUCCCCAAAAAUUCCUCGAAGGGGGGGGGGUUGAGAGGAAUUGGCAAUGUAAAAGGAGGUUUGUUUUUUUUUUCCUUUUUUUUUUUUUUUGUUUUUCUAUUUGGUGGAGGUGGCCUUGGCGGUGGCGGUUGGGUGCCUUGCAAAAAUGAAGGAUGUGGGACACAGCUCUCUCUUGGAACCAAGCGCAGUGGAUAAACUGAUUGUGCAAGAGAGAAGGAAGAACGAAGCUUUUUCUUGGGAGACCUGGAUCUUAACACAAUUGUAUAUAUGUGCACACAUGAAGCCUUGAAAAAUGAAACACAUCAGUGUCAGACCCGCAGGGGUUGGUGUAUUCUGACAUGAUAAAUAAUAAAAAAGCAGCUGUCCCUCUUCCCCAAAAAGGAUGAUUGGAAAUGGAGAAUCGAGGAUCCACAAAGAAAAAGUCUGUUCAUUUUUCUCUAUGAGUGAGAAAGUAAACCAAGGAGAUAUUUUUGGAACGAAAAGUUUGGGGCUUUUUUUUUUUUUUUAAGAAAGUAUAGACCUGAUAUGAUAGUUCUGCCUUUUCUUUUUUCUUUUUGAAUUUCCCACACGAGGAGAGGAGAUUAAUAAUACAUCUGCAAAGAAAUUUCGGAGAAGAAAAGUUGACCACGGCAGAAAGAGGCAUUGAUUGGGGCAGAGAAACCAGCAGAGCGCAGUUGGAUGUGUGCCUAUGUUGACUAAAAUUGACGGAUAAUUGCUGUUGGAUUUUUCUUCAUCAACCUCCUUUUUCUGUUCCUUUUUUUUUUUUUUUUUUUUUUUUUUGUGGUGUGUGUAUGUCAAGAUCAGGCAUUUUCUUUAGUUCUUAACCCCUGGAUUUCCAUCUGGAUGUUGCUGUGAUCAGUCUGAAAUACAAUCAAGAAACAGACUGAGAGAAGAGAUUUACCCAGAGUUGUUAUCUAGUCAGUACCAGACAAUAGUGGAACUGAUGAUUGGCAAGCACGUUGCCUGUUUACAGCACAGAGACCACAAUGGAGGACUAGACUAUUUGAACUCCAGAAGGACCAACACCAGAUAAAUUAUGAAUGUUGAACAAGAUGACCUUACAUCCACAGCAGAUAAUGAUAGGUCCUAGGUUUAACAGGGCCCUAUUUGACCCCCUGCUUGUGGUGCUGCUGGCUCUUCAACUUCUAGUGGUGGCUGGUCUUGUGCGGGCUCAAACCUGCCCUUCUGUCUGUUCCUGCAGCAACCAGUUCAGCAAGGUGAUCUGUGUUCGAAAAAACCUACGUGAGGUUCCAGAUGGCAUCUCCACCAACACAAGGCUAUUGAACCUCCAUGAGAACCAAAUCCAGAUCAUUAAGGUGAACAGCUUCAAGCACUUGAGGCACUUGGAAAUCUUACAGUUGAGUAGGAAUCACAUUAGAACAAUUGAAAUUGGGGCCUUCAAUGGUCUGGCGAACCUCAACACUCUGGAGCUCUUUGACAAUCGUCUCACUACCAUCCCCAAUGGAGCUUUUGUUUAUUUGUCUAAACUGAAGGAGCUCUGGUUGCGAAACAACCCCAUAGAAAGUAUUCCUUCUUAUGCUUUUAACAGAAUCCCUUCUUUGCGCCGACUAGACUUAGGGGAGUUGAAAAGGCUUUCAUACAUCUCAGAAGGUGCCUUUGAAGGUCUGUCCAACCUGAGGUAUUUGAACCUUGCCAUGUGCAACCUCCGGGAAAUUCCUAACCUCACACCACUCAUAAAACUGGAUGAGCUGGAUCUUUCUGGGAAUCAUUUGUCUGCUAUCAGACCUGGCUCUUUUCAGGGGUUGAUGCAUCUUCAAAAACUAUGGAUGAUACAAUCCCAGAUUCAAGUGAUUGAACGGAAUGCCUUUGAUAACCUUCAGUCACUAGUGGAGAUUAACCUGGCUCAUAACAAUCUAACAUUACUGCCUCAUGAUCUCUUCACACCCUUGCAUCAUCUAGAGCGGAUACACUUGCAUCACAACCCUUGGAACUGUAACUGUGAUAUACUGUGGCUCAGCUGGUGGAUAAAAGACAUGGCCCCCUCCAACACAGCUUGUUGUGCUCGGUGUAACACUCCUCCCAGUCUGAAAGGGAGGUACAUUGGGGAGCUCGAUCAGAAUUAUUUCACGUGCUAUGCUCCUGUGAUUGUAGAGCCCCCAGCUGAUCUCAAUGUCACUGAAGGCAUGGCAGCUGAGUUGAAAUGCCGGGCCUCCACAUCCCUGACUUCUGUAUCUUGGAUUACUCCAAAUGGAACAGUCAUGACACAUGGGGCAUAUAAAGUGCGGAUAGCUGUGCUCAGUGAUGGCACGCUGAAUUUCACUAAUGUAACUGUGCAAGAUACAGGCAUGUACACAUGUAUGGUGAGUAAUUCCGUUGGAAAUACCACUGCUUCAGCCACCUUGAAUGUUACUGCAGCAACCACUACUCCCUUCUCUUAUUUUUCAACUGUCACGGUAGAGACUAUGGAACCUUCUCAGGAUGAGGCAAGGACCACAGAUAACAAUGUGGGCCCCACUCCAGUGAUCAACUGGGAGACCACCAACGUGACCACCUCUCUCAUGCCACAGAGCACAAGGUCAACAGAAAAAACUUUCACCACCCCAGUGACUGAUAUCAACAGUGGGAUCCCAGGAAUCGAUGAGGUCAUGAAGACAACCAAAAUAAUCAUUGGCUGUUUUGUGGCCAUCACACUCAUGGCUGCAGUGAUGCUGGUCAUUUUCUAUAAGAUGAGGAAGCAGCACCAUAGGCAAAAUCAUCAUGCCCCAACAAGGACUGUUGAAAUCAUUAAUGUGGAUGAUGAGAUUACAGGAGACACACCCAUGGAAAGCCACCUGCCCAUGCCUGCUAUUGAGCAUGAGCAUCUAAAUCACUAUAACUCUUACAAAUCUCCCUUCAACCACACAACAACAGUUAACACAAUAAAUUCAAUACACAGUUCAGUGCAUGAACCGUUAUUGAUUCGAAUGAACUCUAAAGACAAUGUACAAGAGACUCAAAUCUAAAACAUUCACAGAGUUACAGAAAACAAACAAUCAAAAAAAAAGACAGUUUAUUAAAAAUGACACAAAUGACUGGGCUAAAUCUGCUGUUUCAAAAAAGUGUCUUUACAAAAUACAAAAAAGAAAAGAAAUUUAUUUAUUAAAAAUUCUAUUGUGAUCUAAAGCAGACAAAAUUAUGUGUAUUCCUCAGAACCUGUUUUUUGCUGCACUUAUUUACUAUUUUCCCACAUCUUGUCCCUACCUUCCCCAAUUGCCAUAUUUUUUCACAGGAGAUCUCAAUUCCGUAAAGAACUGGUCUAGGAAAUUUUGUAAGAAUUCUGUUACACUUUGAGAUUUUUAUGGUGAAUUCUAGUGGUGAGAUCAAUCGGUCUAUUUUGUCUUUCUUUCUCUUUCCUUAAUUUUUUUCUUUCUUUUUCCCCUCAUGCCCUUAUUUAGUAGCUCAAUGGGGAAUGCAAUAUUAGAAAUAGCUUUUUAAGAGAGGCUGAGGAACAAAAUGCAAGAUCUUAUAUUUUUCAUGUAAUGACCUGUUCUGUAUUUAUGAGGAGAACCAUUCUACAGAAAAGAGGAAAAGGAAGUAAGCAAACAACACAUUAAUUUACAUAUGAGCAUUGAUAAAAAUCCAUGAUCUUUUAAACAUCUCUAGAACCAGAAUUUGUAGUUCAAAAGCUAAAAAUAAGAUUAUAAAUAAAAUAUUGUUGGUUUUUCUGUACCUGGAUGUAACUCAUUUGUAGUACGGUUAAAAUGUGAGAAACUUGAAAGUCAUUAGAGUUCUGCUUUCUAAGAAAGAAAAUAGCAUAGCAUUCUUCAAUUACAUCAUCAAGUUCUAUGGGCUCCUGUUUUAUUAUUUGACCUGGGCUUAGGAUCUAUAUUUAAAGAUUCUGUGGUAUUUUCCCCUUCUCAUUAGAGUCAUCCUUUAUAGAAUACUCUUUCCUCAAAAAAGAAAGUUAUGAAUCUAUAGAUUUAACUCCUCUUGGAAGAAAGUUUCAGUAAAGUUAAUUAACUUGCUGUCACCUAAAUAAAAUUCUACUGACUACAUGAAGUACACCCACAGAAUGUGAAGGUAUUCUGAUUAGGCUGGAAAGUUAUUUUUGUACUGGGUGUCAGUAAGUUCAGUUCAAUUGAACAAUAAUUAUAUUAAAGUCCCAUGCAUUGAGUACUGACUUUAAGGUUGUGAGUACAUAACUGACAAGAACUAUUUCUGCCCUUGAAACACUCAUGCCCUAUAUGAAAUAAUUUAAGAAAUAGCAGUUUUGGCGGUUGGGUGUUAGUGCAGCGGGUUAAACACACAUAAUGCAAAGCGCACAGACCAGCUUAAGGAUCCUGGCUCGAGCUUCUGGCUCCCCACCUGCAGGGGGGUCACUUCACAAGUUGUGAAGCAGGUCUUCAAGUGUCUAUCUUUCCCUCUUUCUGUCUUUCCCUCCUCUCUCGAUUUCUCUCUGUCCUAUCCAACAACAACAACAUCAUUGGCAACAAUAACAAUAAUGACAAGGGCAACAAAAAAUGGGAGACACAAUAAAUAACAGUUUAUAGUUGAUAAUCAAUUUUAAGUUUGUUGUCAGGUUAAUUAGGAUCUU